CGGAGACCAAGUCGCGAUCUUCCGCCGCAAAUCUCGUACAACGCGAUAUCCAAACGAAACGCGACGACGACACUGCGAAAUGACUCACCGGGGGCCGCGUUUGUUUACCGCGAACACGACGACGCUAGUGUUUAUUUUGCUUACGGCAUUUUGUCGACUCAGCAGUGCGUACAAUAUUUCACCUGUGCCGAAUGUUGUGUUUCGCGUUCCUCGUCUGCCGGCCGAUCAAAUCCGUAAUCGCACAUACUUUGGAAUGGCUCUUCAGCUUCAGAAGAGUCACAUUUUCGUUGGUGCUCCGAAAGCCUCUUCAAGUUCUUUGAAGCUGCGGGAAGUUCGUGAGCCGGGUGCGGUAUUCCGGUGUCAAUUUGAUGCUGCCAGUACUUGUGAAGAGCAAACAGAUCUCAGCUAUCGUGGCUACGAGGAUGGCGUCAUCAAAGAUGGGCAAUAUUUUGGCGCGACCUUGGGUGGCCUGCCGGAGGAAGACAUUCUGGUUGGGUGUGCACCAAGAAUGAUUGGCACCGUUGAUGAUCGAUACUCGAUGACAGGGGCCUGUUAUACCAGACUGCAAAAUGCAACAUCCCGGGAGCAGCGACAGGCAUUCAGCUAUCGGAAAAUGUACUGGUAUGUUGACACGGCGCUGGAAGGUUUUUCUGUGCACGUGGUCCGCGACGCCAUUAGUGGGGAACUGGAGCUCGUCACCGGACUACCGGGUUACGGCUAUAUCGGAUCGGCAAUCUUCUACGGCGGCGGCUCACUGCAGCAAGGAAUGUUGGUGAACAAUACUGGAAUUCCGAGCGAUAGUUACUAUGGAUUUAGCAUUAGCUCGAUCCAAAUGCAGGAAAAAACGUUAUUCCUGGUCAGUGCUCCGCGAUCAAAUCUCAACAGUGGAAUUGUGUAUGUUUUCGAAAAAGUGAAAACCAAUAACGUCCUGGUGCGGAUGAAUGUCCACGCAAUUUUGGAAGGUGAUACCACUGGAGAAUAUUUCGGCUACAGUUUGUGUACCGCGGAUGUGAAUGGCGAUGGCUUGACGGAUGUUUUGGUGGGAGCCCCUUAUCACUCAAUGGAUGGGGAACGUGACAACGGUGCAGUGUAUGUUUUUAUUAAUCGGGGAUUGAACGAGAGUGGAAAACUACAGCUGGAGCGAGCUGCGAAAAUUACUUCUAAUUACAAGGGAAGCGGUCAGUUUGGAUAUGCAAUUGGCGCGCUCGGAGACAUCAAUCAAGACGGAUUCAAUGAUAUCGCAAUCGGGGCUCCUUUUGAUACAACUGGAGCCGUAUACAUCUAUCACGGCUCAUCGGAAGGUCUUUCCGAGCAACCUGCUCAAGUUCUCCGGAGUUCCAACCCGAGCUCGGAGAUGUUUGGAGCUUCCGUUAGCCGAGGAAUGGAUAUCGACUCGAAUGAGUACAAAGACAUCGCCGUAGGAGCACCUUCUGAGGAUACGGUUUAUCUGUUCAAAACCUACCCGCUGGUACGAGUCAAUUUGAACAUGAGCGCUUUAACCAAAUCUAUUGUCAUCCGAGAUUCAACUAGUGGGGUUAGUGACGAGAUAUCAUUUGAAGUUUGUUACUCUGUUGAGUUAUUGAAGAGCUUCAAACGAUCUCUUACUUUUGAUAUGCUGUUGAAUAUAACAGUCGAUCCUGUUUUUCGACGAACCAAGUCCCAAAAUUUCUCAACAACUGUCAAAAUAACCGAAUCACUUGAAUGCGAAUCCUUUAACGCCUCCGUUAUGGCAACCUUCUAUCAACUCAGCUCUCCGAUAAGCAUAACUUUACAGUACAAUCUAAUUAAUCAAGAUACAAAUCUCCCCGAGUUUUGCUCAGAUUGUGUUAUAGAAUCAGAUGUGCUAACAAGGAGUAACAUCCGUCGAUUGGACAUACCGUUCAAGCCGGAUUGCGAAUCUAAGCUGUGUAGUACAGAUUUGAGUCUCGAAUCAACCUUUAACAACUUCAAUUCUCCCUUCGCUAUCAACAGUAGUCGUUCCCUUGAAAUAUCCUACGUGAUAAGGAGCUUAGGAGAAUCGGCCUACGGAACCAUUUUGGAUGUUACGUUUUCGCGCAACGUAAGCUUACUCAAAUUUCCAGCGUAUUGUGAGCUCGAAGAUGCGACGCUGAGUUGCAAAAUCAAUCAAGGUCGUCCCAUCGGAAACGACUCGAUGGCGAAUGUAACGAUUGUGAUGGAUGGACGAAACAUGGAUCCCGGAACUCUUGAGAUCCGUGCUGUACUGACGAGCGAUGGUAACGAGACUCGAUUGGAGGAUAACGAAAUCACUAGCAUUUUGGAAUUUAUCGCUAGGAGUAAUGUCGAAAUUAAAGGGGAAACACAAUUCGUCAACUUGGACCUUCUUACUGGCAAUAUAACCGGAAAAGCGCGAUUCCUGAUCUUCAACUAUGGUCCCAGUAAACUAUUCAAACCAGUAGUAUCGCUUUUGAUACCCGAAGGCUACAUCGAAAACAAUAAAACUUUGGAGCUGUUCAAUGUAGACCAUGACAGUAUAAAAAUUUCCUUCCAAGGAAGAGACAUUCAAUCAUCAAAAUUCUCAACGUUCCAUUCACCCGAAAGCAGGAACCCGCCAAAUGGAUUCAUCGAAACAUCAGAUUCCCAGAACGAAUUUCUGCUGCAGAAAAAAGGUUCCGCCAUAUCUUGCUAUAAUGCUUCCGUAGUUUGUAGGAAUAUCACCUUCAGCCUUGUGGAUUUCGAACCUGUCAACAAUCUCAUCCGGAUAGAGUUUGAUUUUGUUGCCUUCCCCGAUCCUCUCCGGGUGCUGAUGAAUGAUGACCUGGAAAAGUUGUCGCUUCUGGCGGCUUUCGAGAUCGGCGAUCAAUCAUCCCAACUGGGUCCGCUGCUGAAUUCUGGAAGUUUGCUACUCUAUAGGACCAUUCCGAAAAUUCCCCUCUGGGUGCUCGUCGUUUCCAUCACAGCUGGUAUCGUUCUGCUGGCUCUUAUCACGUACUAUUUGCACAAGCGCCACUUCUUCAGACGCAUGACUCAAUCGGAUAUGGAGGAAAAGUUGAAUCGAGUGGACGGAACCCCUAAUGUUGCCUACGAGGGUGGAAGUAUAAUGAUGAUCAGCAGCUCCAGCCUUACCAAAUGAUCUGUGAUAUCUGUGCACGGACGCCAAAAAAACUCAAAAACACCACACAUACAUUCUCAGUGAAUUGUCUAAGUGAACUGAUACUACAGCUCACCAUUUGCUGUACUUUAUUAUUAUAAAUCCUAUACAUCGUAUUUACACAAUUGGAAAGUUUAGCCGAGACUGUACAAUUUAAGAAGCAUGUUUAUGCUAAGCACCAAGUUUUGUCAUCUUCUAGUCAGAAAUAAAUUAGUUAGGGGUAUUUGGAAACCAUCACAAAACGUACGUUCACACAAAACUCUGUAACAGUGGCUGAGCAAUCGAAAUAAAU